GGCGGGCACGCGACGCCUGCCCGUGCGCCUUGCGCUCGUGUACGCGCCCUCGCGUGCACGCCCCGCGCCUCACUGUCCCGUUAUUCCCGGGUCUCCGCGAGCAGCGGUGCUGACCUCGCGGUCCGAUAUGUCGCAGCGGCCCGCAGUCAGCAGCGGCCCGCGCACGGGCGCAGCGAGCGGCCACCGCGGGCACCGGCAGGCCGAGGUAGGCGGCGGGCGGCGUGCGCUCCAGGGUCCGGCGCGACCUGAGGAGCUCCGGGGACGCCCGAUGGCGGCGGCCCGGGAAGGCCCCGCAGCCCCGGCGGCGGCCGCCAGGGGAGGCCGGGUGGCUGCAGCUCGGGAAGGCAGGGCGGCGGAGGCCCGGGGAGGCCCCGCGGCGGCUGCUCGUGGCGGCGCGGCGGCUCGCGAAGGCCCGGUGGCGGCGGCGUCCAGGGAAGCCCGGAUGGCAGAGGUGGCCCGGCUGCUGGGCGAGCCGCUGGAGGAGGAGGCCCCGGAGGGCAGGCCCCGGUCCAGGGCGGGCGGCCUGGCGGCGAUGCCGUACAUGCGCUUCCGCCACCCCCUCAGCGUCUUGGGCAUUAAUUACCAGCAGUUCCUGCGCCACUACCUGGAGAACUACCCGAUCGCCCCCGGCCGGAUCCAGGAGCUGGAGGAGCGCCGGCGGCGCUUCGUGGAGGCCUGCAGAGCCAGGGAGGCAGCCUUCGACAUAGAGUACCUGCGCAACCCCCAGAGGGUGGAUUUUGACAUUUUAACGUUUACCAUAGCCCUGACUGCGUCCGAGGUGAUUAAUCCUCUAAUAGAAGAACUGGGUUGCGAUAAAUUCAUCCACAGAGAGUGAGGAGUCGAGGGGGUGGGCACGGCACCAAGACCUCUGAUCUGCAUCCAAGUGAAACCCCACCCUGCAACCUGGUUUUCAGAAGUCAAAAGGAUCUUGAGGAUGAGGCAGUGCUUCGUUGGAGGGAGAGAAAGAGGCAGAAAAUUGGGGGGGAGGAAAUGUCGAAAGCAUCGUGAGACUCCUCUAUCUUCUCUUGAGUUUAUGACUGGUUGAGAUUUCUUGUGUGAUGGAAAUGGCCAUCCUUGUGGCUUCGUUAAUAAGUAAAGGAUGGUUUUGUAAAACUGUAAAGACUUAAAAUUGCCAGUGGUAGGAGCCCCACGACGAAGAAAGAUGAGCGUGAAGAGUUAAAACUGGUUUUAGGAUGAAGUUUAUGUCAAGAACUUGACCUUGUCCGAACAGGCAAGGUCAGAGUCAACAAGGGUGUGUAAGACGGAUUUUGUGUUUCUGAGACAUUGUGAAUGGCAAACGACAUAAAUAUUGUAUAUAGUAUGUGAUAAAUCGUGUUUUCAAACAUACCAAUUUUCUGGGAUUUUAUUUUCCAUUUUUUAAAAGUUUUGAUUUUGUCUUGUAAUUCAUUUAUUCAUAAGCCCCAAGAAUAUGAAGGACUGAAAGUCUUCGCCCCUUCCUCCUUGUCCCAUACCUCUUGCAGCCUCUGAAGGCAGUCGCCAUCCUUAUUUCGUUUUUUGGGUUUUUUGUUUGUUUGUUUGUGUGUUUGUUUGAGACAGGGUUUCUCUGUUUAGCCCUGGCUGUCCUGGAACUCACUCUGUAGACCAGCUGGCCUGGAACUCAGAAAUCCGCCUGCCUCUGCCUCCCAAGUGCUGGGAAUAAAGGAGUGUGCCACCACUACCCGGCCUUAUUUCGUUUUUUAUACACAAUAUUUUAUUUCUUCACACAGUUGACAUAUCUUGGUUUGCAUAUUGUGAUUUAUUAUGAAAAUACCUUGAAGAACCUUCCCGACCAGUAUGUUUACUCCUUAGGGCUGUAUCCCUUUGCAUUCUGUGGUUAUGCCAUUAUGAACGAGGAAUGUACUGAUGGACGGUAAACUGUUUACCGUUGAUUUCUCCUGGCAGUAUGAUGUCUCCUCUGGUAGGUUGGCUCCUGUGCACGCCAACUGGCCUGUGUGCAGGAGCAUACUGCUCUAGUUCUGAACACAUUUUUCAUGCUACCAUUCCAAGGUGGAAUAAGUCUUAUACUUGAUGGUGUUAUAGGUAUAUAGGUAUAUGCCUACUACUUUUUUUUUUGUCUUUAAGUUUCCAUAAAAUUGAUGGUGCAUCUUACUAGCUUCUUAUGCUUUUUUGUUCUUGGUAAUAUCUGUAGCCUGAUUUCUAGAAGUGACAAUUCUGGGCCGAAGGCUUGCCUUUGUAACUUUAUAGAUGUGGCUAAUUGGCCUCUCAGUGCUCCCACCAGUGGUCAAUAAAUAGAUAUUUUCUGACUGCCUAGCCAA